AUGGUUAAAAAGAAUUUAUUCGAAGACGAAGAAGAGGAAUAGACUCAAUAGUAAACAAAAAAUAAAAAAAGCAAAAAAGCUUAAUAGGGUGAAGAAUAAAAUGAUGAAGAUGUUAAUGUGAAGCUUAAAGUGAAUAAAAAAUUUGCUUAGAAUUUUGAAAAAAAAAUUCAAAGACAAUUAAUAGAUAAAGCCAAAGCUAUGUAUGGCGCUGACUAUGAAAAGAAAAUAGCAGAAGGAAAUGAUGAUGAUGAAAGUAGCGAUGUAGAGGAAGAUUCUGAUGGAGAAUUAUUAAAUGAAAAAGUUAAUGAUAAAUUUAUUGAAACAUUAGCAAAAAUUAGACUAAGAGAUCCUAGCAUUUACAAAAAUGAUAAAAAAUUCUUUAAAGAAAAAGACUUCGAGGUAGAGUAGAAUGAUAAGAAAUCCAGUAAAAAAGAAAAGAUGACUUAUGCAGCUAUGGUUAGAAAGGAAGCAUUAGAGAAAAUGGAAAAAGAAGAUUUCUCUUCAGAAGAAGAUGACUAUGUACCAUAAGUUAAGGGAGAAACAAUUGCAGAAGAAUAAAAAAGACUGAAAGAUGAAUUCAAAAAUGCAGCUAAAAAAGUAGAAUCAGAUGAUGAUGAAGAAGAAGAAGAAGCUGAUGCUAUUUUCACUUAGAAAAAGAAAUCCCUCUAACAAAUAGAAGAUGAAAAUAAAGAAUAUAGUAAAUUCUUAGAAAAAGUUAAAAGAAAGAAACAAAGAAAGGGUAAAGAACAAGAUGUUGAAGUCCUAUAGAAUUUCUGGGGUGAUGCAUCAAAGCUUGAUGAUACUGAUAAAUUCCUUAGAAAAUAUAUAUUAACUAAAGGAUGGGUAGAUAGAGAUGAUAUGGGCCUGGAUGAAGAAUUUGAAGAUAAAGAUCUUGAAGAAGAUGAUGAAGCUGACAGAUUUGAAGCAAAGUAUAAUUUUAGAUACGAAGAACCUGGAGCUAAUGAAGUAGUUACCUAUGGAAGAAAGGUUUAGGAUUCUUUGAGAUAGAAGGAUAGCACUAGAGCUGAAAAGAGAAAAGAAAGAGAGGAAAGAAAGAAAGAAGAAAAGAAAAAAAUUGAUGAGGAAAUGAAGCAAAUGAAAGCAGCUACUAGAAAUGCAAUUUUAGAUCGUGUUCAUAAAAUCCAAGAAAUAGCUGGAACUAAAGAAAUCAAGACUGAUAUCAAUAAGUUGUUGGAAGAAGAUUUUGAUGAUUAAAAGUUCUCCAAAUACUUAGAUAAAUAGUUUGAUUCAGAUUAUUAUGAAGAGGAGGAUUCUCAUUUAGACGAACUUAAAGAAUAUGAAAAGAAUUUAAAGAAAUAAGAGAAAUAAGAAUAAUAAAUGGAGUUAGAAAAGUUAGGUAUUGAUAAAAAAUAAAUCAAAAAAAUUGAAAAAUCAGUAAAGAAAGCAGCAGAUAAGGAAGAUGAUGAGGAAAUUAGCAGCGAUUGGAGUGAUUUAGAGGAAGAAGAAGAUGAUAUGGAUGAAGAAUUAGAUGAAAAUAAUGAUAUUUAGAUUGCAUAAUAAGAUGAUGAUAAAGAUAAUGUUUUAAAUGUUAAAACAAACAUUCCUUUAGCAAUAAAGAAAAAUCUUAAAGAUAAUGAAAUUUAAGCUAUGACUUAAUCAGAUAAGGGAGAAGAUGGAUUGUAUUUAUGGUGGUAUUGCGAUAACUGCAAGAAGGGAAUACAACCUGGUUAAUUCAGAUUCGAUUGUCAAGAAUGUCCAGAUUACACCUUGUGUAAAAUUUGCAACGAAGGACAGUUCCAUGAUCAUCCUCUUAAAAAAUAAAUAGUUCCUAAAAAUUGUGUGCCUCCCACUGAUGAAGAGAUUUAAGAAUUACUUUAAGAAUAUUAAGUUUGCAAAAAGUGUAAUAUAAAACUUGAUGAUUAUUGCAGCUAUUAUUAAUUAAAUAGCAAUAAUGAAGUUAUACUAUGUGAUGAGUGUUUUGAUAAAGAAAAAAUUGUUAGUAAAAAACUAUAUUCAUAUAUCGAAGCUAAGAAAGUUGAUUUGGAAGCUGUUGUUGAUAAAGAUCCAUAAGCUCUUAAAAAAUAUAUUAGCGAUGAAGAAAUCUAGAAUUUGGUUGACUAGUAUUACAAUCUUGACUAUGAAGACGUUAUCACUGGAGGAAUAAAAACAAGAUUUAAAUAUAUGGAAGUUAAGCCAGACUCAUAUGGUUUGAGCGAUGAGCAAUUAUUAUACGCAGAUACAAAUGUAUUGAAUAAGUAUGUAUCUAUAAAAAAAUUAGCUCCAUAUAGAGACGAUGAGGGUUUUGUAAAAUCUAAAAAUCUUAAAAACAAGAGCGUUAUUAAAUAAAUCGAAAAAUCAACCAAAAUUAAUAAGGUAUUAUAAUCUUUUUAAAAAUGUAAUCACCCAUUAACUAAGAUAAAUUUAAUUUUAAUUAUAAAAGAAAAUUGUUAAGAAAGACACAGAAAAGGGGCUCACUACUAAAGAAGAUCUAAAAGAGUUAAAGAAAAAAGACAAAAAGAAAUAUCUUAAGGAAUUAAGUAAACUCAAUCAAGAAAAGCAAAAAAAGAAAUAAGAAGAAGAAGAAAAAUAAAAGCCUAAACUUGUUUUAGAAGAUUUAUCAAAACAAGAAAAACUCCAAGUUUCUCAAAAAAGACUUAAAUCUUAUGGUUUUUGAUUAAAAUUAAUUAGUAAAUAAUUUUGGCAAAAAUUUUGCUAAAGUGUUUUUUUAAAAAUAAUAUAUUUUUUUUAUUUCUCUGUUAAAUAUUAAGAAUAUUUGUAAAUAAUUUAUCUUUCCCUUGCUUAAAUCACACAAAAUUUCAUUUUAUUUUGUAUAUUUAUAAAAUAAUUUAACAUUUCACCUAAAAAUAAAUAAACAUUUUAUUUUUUCUAAAUGUAUUCGACUUGAAAUGUAAUUUAUAUCUCAAACACUCUCAUUAACCAUUUUGUUACAUAUAUUUAUCAGAAAAUAGACAUAACGUUAUUUUUAUGAAAAAAAAGUAAGUUAAGCUAUUUCUUAAAAAAAAUAUUCUAUUUUGA